AUGGCAUCCGAUGAGUCCCUCCCGACGCUGAAGAUCUUAAUGAUCGGCCCUUCCGGCGCCGGGAAAUCCGCACUUCUCAUCCGCUAUUGCGAUGACCAGUUCGACAACGAAUAUUCCACCGCAACAAUAGGCGUAGAUUUCAAACUAAAGAAGCUUUCCGUCCAUGGGAAACCCUACCGCCUGAACCUCCUCGACACCGCGGGCCAAGAGCGCUUCCGAACCCUCUCCAACAGCUACUACCGCGGCGCCCAUGGCGUGAUCCUCGUAUACGACAUAUCGAACCGGGAUUCCUUCGCGGCGAUGGAGCGCUGGUUCGAAGAGGCCGAGACGAAUGCUAUGCCUGGUGCCGUGAUGUAUUUAGUGGGUAGUAAGCUAGAUAAGACGGCUGCGAGACAGGUCAGCGCCGAUGAGGGACAGCGGUUGGCAGAGAAGCACGGGUGUAGCUUUUGUGAGGUUAGUGCGAAGACGAGGGAGAAUGUUAGGAAGCCAUUUGUGGAUAUUGUGAAUGCUAUCGUUAAGGACCCCAAGUUGCUGAGUGCGGGGAGUAGGAGGGGUGGGACGGUGGCUGUUGGUGGGGAGGGAGAGGGAUGGGGAAGUGGAUGUGCCUGUUGA